CCCGCCCAGCGUCCGACCCUCGAACACGAGGAGCCGAACAACAAGCUCUCACACUUUCCUCUGGAGAAACGGGUUCAGAGACAAAAUGCCGGCGAAGACGCCGAUUUACCUAAAAACUACGACUCCCAAGAAAGGGAAGCGUCUGAAGCUGCGUGACGUCCUGUCCGGGGACAUGAUCAGCCCCCCCCUGGGCGACGUGCGGCACAGCGCUCACGUGGGACCCGAAGGUCGAGGCAUGUUUGGAGACGUGAGUUUCCUCCAGGGGAAGAUGGACAUGCUGCCGUCUCUGAGCCGGACGCAGAACGGCCACGCCCGCUCGCACAGCGUGGAGCGACACCUGGACGACGACUUCGCCGCCAAACAGGACUCGCACAACUACGCCUACAACGGGUUCCACUACCAGCACGCCUGCACCGGCCUGCUGAAGACCACCAUCUCCAUGCCCGUGUUCAUCUCCCACGAACAGGCGCCACCCAAACCGCCACGCCUCCACUUGGACGACCCCUCCCUGCCCCCCCAGCAGCACCACUUCCUGCAGCAUCAGCAGCCGACGGAGACGAGCCAGCGACCAACCAACGGCUUCGACCACACAGACGACCACGCCCAGCUGCACCCGACCCUGUCGCUCUGUGAGAACGGCGUGGUGGGACGUUUGGCAUCGGAGCCGUGCCGAGACAUCUCGCUGUCGCCCGCCAUCCGCAGGCUCCUCCCCUCCUCCGGCUCCUUCUCUGAGGUGUCCUCUGAGGACUCCAUGUCAGAGACCUGUGGGCCGCUGGACGUCCGCCGGGGUCUCAGUCUGGACUCUGACGCCGGCCUGAGCAACGAGGAUCUGAGGAGCGAACGCAGCGAGUCUCCGUGCGCCGCCUCUCAUCCGGCCGCUCCAUCGGACUCGCCGGACGUGUCCCACUCUGAGGCUCUGGACCUGGACCUGGACCUGGGUCCAUCCAUCCUGGAGGACGUGCUGGGCAUCAUGGACCGAUACAAGACCACAGACAACCGCUGCGAGCUGUGAAACAAACAUUAAUGUAAUAUACAGAUAUUUUUUUAUAUAUGGUUUAAUAUAUCUUGAAACCUUUUGUGUAGAGACUAAAGGAGGAGAAGGACGGAGGAAUGUGAAAUGUAGGGUGGAGAAAAUGUCUUCUUUGAGAAGAUUGACAGCUGAGGUCAAAGGUAAUGAAAGACUGGAGGAGGCAUGUGGACAUUAUCGUUAAGUGCUGGGACGUUUCUGCUCGACACGACAACAGGCUGGUCCUCAGGAGCCCACGUCCAAACUCCGACUCAGAAACUCUCAGCGAGCAGCAGCACAGUCGCCUUGUUGAGAGCUCUGGACUCAUUCCUCUCUCUGGACACGUAUCAGCCACCAUCCACUUUAUAUCUUGUUAACUGUCAGUGGAGUCGGAUAUAAAUCUGAUAAACUGACUCAGGGGAAAAUGGGAGAAAUUAUAUAGAGGAGCAGCAGGAAUCACUCGUCUGUGACUCACUCGUCUGUGGUGGAAGCUGAUAUUAAACGACACAUGUUCAGUUACUUUAAGCCGAAUUAAAGAAAACAUGGUUUUAUGCUGUAAGUCGUUUUCUGUCCGGAUUCAUUUUGCUGCUUCAAGUGGUGAAUUUAGUUCUGGAUAUAAAUAUCUUCACUGUUUCUCUGUAAAUUCAGAUGAAGAUCUAAGUUUCACUGAUCUGAGAUCAGACGUGUCAGCAGCCGACUACUUUCUUCUCAUAGGAGGAAGUUUGUUCUCGUAGUUAAACUAAUAAAAAACUUAAAGUGUAAUGAAAAGUGCUGCUUCGUAGAUCAUGUUGAGAAACUGGUCCUUUUAAAACACGUCACUCGUCCAUGUUGUGGCUCAGUGUCACAGUCACUGUCUGCAUCUCUAUCACAGUAGCCUAAUAUUCAAAUGUCAUUUAUGAUGAGUGUAUAUGUCACUGUACAUGUAUGAA